GCUCCAUUUGUUGAAAAGAAGAGGAUUUGCUGCUUUCAUCAGUGAUGUUGGAUUGCGUGCGGGUGGGCUCGAAUUGAAGCUCUUGUUUACAAAAACGGUUUCGCCCUUUUGAAAUGUUGGUGCCGAUUUAAUUUGUGUAAAUAUUUUUGCGUGCGUGAUUCAUCGCAGCUCAUGAAGAAGAAACAAAUUUUCUUUCCAAGAGUUUUUAUUUCCUGAUAAAUCUCAUCUCAGAUUUUAUUAGUUCUAACAAAAAACAAUUAUUACCAACCUUGUGAACUAAAUACAAACAGUGAAAUUUGAAAAUGGGUCUUUUCGGGAAGUCGCAAGAAAGGAAUCCGAAAGACAUGGUUCAAGAAUGGUCAUCGAAGCUUAGAAAAGAAUCCUACGCCCUGGAUCGACAGAUUCGGUCGAUCCAGAGAGAAGAGGACAAAAUUAAACGAUCGCUAAAGGAAGCCGCUAAGAAAAAUGACAAGGAAGUUUGUACAAUACUAGCAAAAGAAGUUGUACGGUCCCGGAAGGCGGUGAAUAAGAUCUAUACCAGUAAAGCCCAUAUAAACUCCGUGCAGCUGCAAAUGAAAAAUCAGCUUGCAACGGUUCGGGUCGCUGGUUCCUUGGCUAAAUCUACGGAGGUGAUGCAAGCAAUGCAAGCACUGGUAAAGCUUCCGGAAGUGGCCGCGUCCAUGAGGGAAAUGUCCAAAGAGAUGAUGAAAGCGGGCAUCAUCGAGGAAAUGAUCGACGAGACAAUGGAAUCGAUGGAGGAUGUCGAGGAGAUGGAAGAGGAAGCGCAGAAGGAAAUCGACAAGGUGCUAUGGGAAAUUACGGCCGGGAAAUUGGGCGAGGCUCCGGCGGCCCCGAUGGCUGCCCCGGCGAAGGAGAGCGAAGGAGAAGCUUCCGGCGUUGGGGCUACUAUGGAGGGCGAAGACGAGGACGACAUGAAAGACAUGCAGAGCCGAUUACAGGCGCUGCGGUCAUAAGAAUCUACGGUUGGAUUUUGGUUUACUGAUUUUAGCGGUAAGUCUGUUCGGAUCACUUCGGUAGAUGACCUCGAAGGUCGGGGUCGUUCAUAUCAAGUUGGCACCCUCUCACGUUGUUGUAUCGGUUUGUACAUAUUUUCAUCACAGAUCGGAUAGUAGAAUAAGGAAAGAUCCACGUAGAGGAAUCGAAGGUGUCCAAAGAAAAACGUUUAUGUCUGUAUUCCAAUUAUGAGAACGUUCAAUCCUAUGAACAAUGAUGGAUAUUCCCUUUAUCGCUUUAUUGUUCAUCCAUAUAAAUUUAUUUUACUUUAAUAUGUAUGAUUCACGUUAAAGAAUGUUUGAUGACCUAAAAGUUUUUGGUGUCCUAGCAGUGAUGUCAGAAAAAAAUUGAAGGAGUUUUUCUCAUGUUGAAACGUAUGUUGCGUUCGUAUUUUUUUGUUAGUAAUUCUCGGUAUAAAUAUAUUAAAGCAUUGAAAGUUUAAGCAACACUUAACUAAUACACUUACAUAUAUUUAACAUGCA